GUAAGCUUAUAGCGGAAAAAGAUGUGUACUGACUGUCUCAAGGAGAAAAUGCCCGACAGAGUGCGUCAUUCUGUAUCUUCUAACUCUCUCUGUCACACAAUUUAGCUAGUAAUGGUGGAUACAGCUCUAGAUUGUAAGAUGCUCUGUGGUGUUUUCUUGCAGGGCAGCACGUGUCUGGAGGGAGGGGCGUACAUGCUGAACUACGCCGGCUGCUGCAAGUGCCAGAGCAGGGGUUUCCUUGGAGAGGAGGGGAGGGUGAGGAGUGUGGGAGGUGGGGAGGGGAUGGAGGGUGACAGUGGGAAUGAGGGAGACGGAGAAGAGGAGGAAGAAACAAUCUCAUUCAAACAUGUGUGUAAAGAGUGCCAACACGUUGUGGCCACCCAUCACUACACCUUCUCCACCAGUGGAGACUACCAGGAUUACUCCAUGAAGUGUCACCUGUGUGGCCACGGUAGUGCCAAUGUCAGUGUCCUUCCGGAUGACCCGCGAGAGAAACCCCUCUUCUAGUCAUUCACCUCACUAAUUAUACCCCAUAAUAUACACUCCAUCUCCUCACGUGUCAUUUCAUGCUUCAGGUGAUAGCUAGAAUAUAUGCUUAUAAUAAAACAUCACUGUUUUUAUAUCUGACUACUGAUGGGAUUUACUUACCAAUUUUUAACGACAGAGCUUAAGCAUGAAUUAUUAUGCGAGGUCUGUUUGUGGGCAUGGGUGGUGGAAUUAAUAGCUGCUGUGUUGCAAACUCCAAUGUAGUCUGGGCCCAAGACUACCCCUCAAUAAUGGUGGCAAUGCGUACAGGCAGAGAAAGCUGUAAUACUAUAUUAUGUAUAUAUACUCUGGUCAUGCUCUUUUACUGUGAUUUUUCAUUGUGUUUUUGUAUACAGUUACAAGUAGCUAGCUACUAUGUAAGACAUCUGGCUGUUUUUAUACCCGAGAGUUGGUUAUUAUUUCCGUUUGAGUUUCCUUCACAUAACUGCUGUGAAGAAAGGUUUGGCUCUGGCUUUGAUAGUAGAAGAAAGAUGUGGCUACUUUUGCUGAUGGCCUGCAAGGUGAUGUGCAUGGUGGAGGCAAGAGACUACAGACUAAAUGUUCUCCUGGAGUCCUACCACAACUCUCUCAAUCAAAGAAGUGGAGGUGCAUGUUGUGAUGACCCGGGGGCCUCUCCUUGUCCUCCACUCUAUUCAACAUGCACUAAAUGUGAUCCUCUAUUCACGAUCACUGCGACUGGAUCAGAGCUCAGUUACACCACUCCAGUGUAUGAGAACAGUGAUUUGAUCCAUUUCCCUGGGAAUAUCUACCCCUUCUAUGGAAAUGACAGUGUCUGGAUGGAAAACAAUGCUUCUGUUAAUGUGACGGUUGAAGAUGACUACCCAAUAAAGAAUUUUUCAUUCUCAAUUGAUGUUAUGGACAUGCAAGAUGACUGUAUAUUUCGCAGCAAGCAUAAUAAUUUCACAGAUGCUAUUCUCUGUGGUGGGUACAUUGAGCUCCACAUCAGCUACUGGAUCACCGAGAUCACACACUACUGUCAGGAUCAAACAUACACAAGCUGCGAUGGCCAGGAAGUAACCGAGUUUCCAUCCCCUACCAAAACAGUCACAACCACAACGAGUAUCUCUGAUACAACCAGUGUCUUUUUAACAACCACCAUCACCGUUGAGGUAACGCAGAACUGCAGCAGUUCACUGCCACCAACACCUUCACCGGAAGUCCCAUGCAGUUCCACACAACCAACACUGCUCCACUCUUCAUCCGCAGUGCCAGUGGCCUCCUCAAGACCUACAGACAAGCCCAGCCGCCCAGGCAGUGGAGGGACAGACACAUCGGUAGUUUGUGGUGCCAGUGCUGUUGGAGGCUUCCUGCUGGGUUUCCUACUGGCAGUGACCCUCUGCCUCUGCGUGGUUGGCUACCUCAGAAGAAGAGCGAGGAAACGAGCAAGUCCAUGUACUGCCUCCGGAGAACAGAGCACAAUCCAUUUUACCAGAGCGCCGAGGACCUAACGGACAGGGGCGUCCCCACGUGGAAACAAUUACAAGACUAUCAAGAAGACAAUGACGGAUACGAAAUCCUGCGAGCCCUCUCCACCUCCAUGGGCAAUGAGAACAAGGCCCUCCCUCUCGGCAAGAAGGAUAACAGUUUCCGAUACUGUCUCUCACCCACCGACUCUCCUGCCUGCCUGCGCCCCGUACCAAGCCCACGCAGAGCUCUUCUCCAGAAUCAAUCACCGCGACGACGCAGAGAAACACCAACAACUGAGGAGGAGCCGGGCAUAGGGAGGCACAACAGAAAGAGGCCGAGUAACUUAACCCCAGAUUUAGCCUCGGCGUUGCAGACGCAGCAGAAAGAAUCCCCCAUUUACGAGCUACCAGACAAGUUUAUCAACACAGGACGUCGUCGACACCAUUUGGAGCCACCGGGACAUACCCCACCUCCAGCUCUCCCUGGAAGAAGAAAUGGAGGAAGUGUUGGUGGAACUGCUAGCAGAAGCACUGAUCAAAAGGCACCAGAGGGAAUACCGCUCUAUGGGGAUCGGCGGUAUGAAGAGAGUGCAGACGAAAUGGAGUUACAAGAGGUUUUACAAGCCGGAAGAGCAGACAAAGUACAUCGGGAGAAAACCAUGACCCCCGAUGAUGUAAGUGCCCUCUAUGCCAACGUGAAGAAAGUCCCAAAAGAUGGAGUAGCGAGUGCUACUGGUCCAAAAAUGAGGAGGGAGGAGAGCAUUGAUGGCGAGACGCCACCAGAUGUCCCACCUUACCGCGGUGGUGGAGAAGACUUCGCGGAUGGGGAACCAACAACAACAACAACAACAACAACAGGAGACGAUGUCGAAGAAAAGACACAGUAUGCCCUCCCACUACCCCCUUCUUUAACUGACAAUUAAAGUAUACCAUUCACAAUAAUCUUAGCUCUUGUAGUAUUUAAGUGUUGUUGCUGGUUUUAAAAGAAUGCGUGUUUUU